GUUAUCUGCAGUUUUGGGCUUUACAUGCAGGUGAUAAUUGUCCACGUCUGUGCGCUUCGUUUUUCACAUUCAUCAUUCAUUCCCUCCUCCACAGCCGCCGCCACCACCAAACUAGAAUCCUCUUGCACCACAACAGCACCGCCAUACCCCAAACUCUUCAUUCCCUCAUCAGUACAAUCCGAAUUCAAGUUACCACCACCAGCAGAUGAAGGAAUCACAGAACUCUGUGUUACAUAAGACACAGGUGACGUCCUCUGGGAAGGGCCAUGGGUCCGUAGUUGGGUCGCCAAUGGGGGAUAGGAGGGCCAAGAGAAUUGAGAAUAGGUUAACUAAGCCGACUGCUUUCUUGUGCAAGUUAAAAUUCCGAAAUGAACUUCCAGAUCCAAGUGCACAACCAAAGCUUAUGGCCUGGCAGAAAGAUACAGAUCAAUUCACAAAAUACACUAUCACAUCUCUCGAGGAAUUGUACAAGCCCCAACUCUUUGUCGAGCCUGAUCUUGGGAUAAGUCUUGACCUACUUGAUCUCAGUGUUUACAAUCCACCAAGUGUUAGACCACCUCUUGCUCCAGAAGAUGAGGAACUCUUGCAUGAUGAUGAGGCUGUUACCCCAGUAAAGAAAGAUAGAAUAAGAAGAAAAGAAAGGCCCACUGAUAAAGGUGUAUCUUGGCUAGUUAAAACCCAGUAUAUAUCUCCGCUUAGUAUGGAAUCAGUAAAGCAGUCUCUAACUGAAAAGCAAGUGAAAGAAUUGCGAGAAAUGAAAGGAGGGAGGAACAUUUUGGAGAACCUUAACAACAGGGAAAGACAAAUAAAAGCAAUUGAGACAUCAUUUGAAGUUUCCAAGUUGCCUCUUGUUCAUGCAACCAAUAAAAAUUUAAAACCUGACAAAGUUACACCUUUACUUCCAGAUUUUGAUCGGGAAAAUGAUCAAUUUGUCUUAGUGUCAUUUGAUAAUGCUCCUACGGCUGAUUCGGAAAUCUAUGGCAAGCUGAAAAGUUCUGUUCGGGAUGAUCACGAAGCAAAGGCUGUGUUGAAAAGCUAUGCUGCAAUAGGCUUGGAUCAAGCUAAUCCAGAGAGAUUUUUAGCUUACAUGGUCCCCUCUGUGGAUGAGCUAUCAGAAGACAUCUAUGACAAAGAUGAAGAUGUAUCUUAUUCUUGGAUCCGCAAGUACCACUGGGAUGUACGAGGUGAUGAUGCAGAUGACCCUAAAAAUUUCCUUGUUUCAUUUAAUCAUGGAAUAGCUCGCUAUGUGCCUCUUCCCCAGAACUUAAAUUUAAGAAAAAAGAGGGCCAGAUCUGGUGAUGAGAUUGAACAUUUUCCUAUACCUUCUAGUGUGACAGUUAGGAAGAGACCAAAUGUUGCAGUCAUAGAACCAAAAGUUCAAGAGAUUUACCCCAAUUCAAGGGGCGUUGUUUCUAACUCAAAGAUGGGAAGAUUAGACACUGAAGAUGGCCUUGGAAGAUCACACAAGCUUGCACGACACCAAGAUAUUGAUCAGUAUGGUGGAGGUGAAGAUUGAAAGGUGGAUGCAACAAAUGCACCCAAAUUUUUGUAGCUGUUGUGCAGUGACUAGAUAGGAUUUAUAUCUGCAGACUGCUGCAUGUGGGUUGCAAUCCUGUAUGGGUAGUGUCAAUUUCCAUUUCUUUACAAAGGAUGAAUAGGAGUUCGUCUGAGUCUGGUUAGCGUAUAGGCAUUCUUCAUUGUUCUUUAUAUACUGUGGAGAAAAAAUAGGUUCUUUCUUCGGGUACUUCCAAUGGAUGGAAUGGUAGUAUUGUAUAAAAAGGUUGGCCAAAAUAAAAAUUCUUGUUUUCG